AGGUCCGGCUUCCCCAUCUCGCGAGCGUUCAUUUCCGCCGACCGGGCUCUUUGCGUCGUCGCUAGGAAGCAGCAAGAAGGGAGGGGGCGACGUUUGUUGGGGUCGGGGGGGGGCAAAUCUCGCGUGGGUGCGCGCGCGCGAGCACAGACGCUUCUCCUGAGGCCUGACGGGACGGAGAGAGGCCCUCGGCGCGCGAGGCCAAGGUGAGAAGCGCGGCCCUUCCCCCACUUCCCUCUCCUCUCGCGGGGCGAAGGCGGGGAGGCCCUUCGCUCUCCUCAGCCCUCGACCUCCCCUCUCCGUACACGGUGCUUGGCUCUCCAGGCUUCCGGCCCCUUCCUCACUCGUUCCGGGGCCUCCGUUAGGCCCUCCCUCAGGCCCAGGCGCGUCUGCCGCCCGGCCGCCUGGUCCCCAGUGAUUCCGCCGCCUGAAGUUUUGUCUACGGCCAGCCAUUGUCUGCGGACUUCCCGCACGUGGAGGCCCGUUUCGUCGGCUUACAAGAUUCGCCUUCUGUGUUCCGAGGAUUAUACUGUGUUUUUUUCCGGGAGGUCCGUCUCGGCUCUUCCAUUCUGUCCCGAAACCUCCGCUCCUUUGUAGCAGGACGGUUGGGUUUUAAUGGCACCGCUUUUGCGGGCUUUUUUCGGCGUAUGGGCCUUUUAAUUGGAGUCAAGUCCUUUUUUGGCGAGUUGUAUCCUGUGUAAUGUGAUUAUAAAGAGGGUAUUGUCCACAGUAUGGUGUUGGUAUGCAGAAUUUGGUUUCCAUACUUUCCAGCCUCAGAAAAAUAGUACAUCAGGUCACGUGCUAUUCCAGCCAUUCCUACCAAAUUUGGCUUUUGCUAAUUCUGUACAGAUAGUGUUUUCUAAACUUCACACCUGACGUUGAAAGGACUAGGAUAGUUCUUGUGUAUUAACAAAGGAUCUGUGUUUGGAUUGCUUUCAGUUUUUGUAUUUCGAAAGUGAGCAAAGUGCUCCAUGCCUCACCCACUCUGUGAUCUGUACCAUCUUGUAUCUGUCACCUUGACAAGGACUGAGGAAAGAGGUUUGUCCAAGGCUAGAUAACAAAAUUGUGGCAGAAGAUCCAUAAACACAAUCCAUGUGUUGCUGUGAAUUUCCUUAUGGGAACUAAUGCUAAGAGAGAAGGAUUUAGUCAAGGUCAGGCAAGGAGUUUGGUUGUCCAAUAUGAUGCUGAAAAUGACUCUUGUGUUGAGAACAGUUGAAUAGUCAUACUUCUCAAGGACUGUGUUCUGGAAAACUGAAUACAAGAGAAUCUGUGAAUGUGCAGAAUGUUUAAUCUAUUUGUAAGCUACCCUUAAGUAACAGGACCAUUGGGGUGGUGUACAGCAACAGAUAAAUAAAAAAAAAAUGUAAACAUCUAAAAAGGAUUCAAGGUGCAAAGGUCUUCUGCAGUAAAACAGGUUGCACCAGGCACCUGAAAUUCAGUAGGGUUGGUGCCUUCUUGUGUGGCGGAGGCAUUCCAUGGAAUUGGGCACACAGCACUGAAGGCACAACUCCUUAUUGACAUGAGUCAUGUUUGGUUCAUGAGGAACCACUCUCCUCCCUAAAGGCAGCUCUGAUUUGGAUUCUGGGCAAAUCGCGUGCACAUGACAGUAUGAACAAGAUACACAACAUGAAGGAAAGAAGUGGUUUCUAAAUAUUGUUACACUGUAUUUCGUCAGCUAGAAACAAAGAUUCUGUGAGUCCCUUGAAUUGUGAUGGGAGCUUCUAUUGCUUCCAUGAAACCUGAAAGUAUCUGCAAAAAGCAUGGGUCUAAUAUAAUUACAGUGGUACCUCUGGUUGUGGACACGAUCCGUUCCAGGGUGCUGUUUGCAUCCCGAAAAAUCCGCAACUAGAGCGGCGCUUCUGCACAAGCGCUGAGUGCAAUAGAGCGCAUGUACAAAGCGCGCAGAACGCUAAACCCAGAAGUAUACACUUCCGGGUUUGCCGCAUUCACAAGCCAAAAAGACGCAACAUGAACCUAGCGCAACACGAGGUAUGACUGUAGUCUGCAGAGGGCUUUCUCAAGUAAUUCCUUGAGAGUGAAAAAAAAUACAACAACCUCUUAUAUUUUAUUGUUUUUAAUAUUGGAGUAAGGAGAAUUCUAUGUAACCUGAAAGCUUUCAUGUCAUGUUAAGCUUGUUUGGUCCUAAUCAAAGUAUUUUUGGUAUCUAGUUAUAUUACAGUGUUAGGUUUAGAUGAAAAAGGCCUGUGGGUUAAACCACAGAGCCUAGGACUUGCCAAUCAGAAGGUUGGCGGUUCAAAUCCCUGCAACGGCGUGAGCUCCCGUUGCUCGGUCCCUGCUCCUGCCCACCUAGCAGUUCGAAAGCACGUCAAAGUGCAAGUAGAUAAAUAGGUACUGCUCAGGCGGGAAGGUAAACAGUGUUUCCGUGCGCUGCUCUGGUUCGCCAGAAGCAGCUUAGUCAUGCUGGCCACAUGACCCGGAAGCUGUACGCCGGCUCCCUCGGCCAAUAAAGCGAGAUGAGUGCCGCAACUCCAGAGUCGGCCACGACUGGACCUAAUGGUCAGGGGUCCCUUUACCUUUAAUGUCAGUGUUGCAGCUCUUCUGGGAAAUGUCAUAUUGUGUGCUUCCAGAGAUGGAAAGUUUGGCAGCACCCAGGUAUUGCUGUUCUGAUUGAAUCUAUAAAUGUAAAAGCAAACUUGCUUUCAGGCUUCUGAAAUCAAGGUAACAUUCUGUAACCAGCCCCAAUUGAUCUGAUUGAAUCCUGAAAUACUUCACCCCUUGUGGGCCACUUUGACAGGUAGGUGGGGCUCUCAGUCACCACAGGUGAAAAUUUUCAUUUGCAGUGCAGUUUGAAAUCAAAACAUAUGGGGUAAGGCAGAAAGCUUUGGAAGUGUUGCCAAUUAGUGCUUGCCAGUGCCAGUAAUCCCUAUUUCAUUAACCCAUGUGGCUUGAAAUCAACUACAGCUUAGUAGUACAGUACUUGCAAAUCUUACUUUGGGCAAAAAACAAACAUAGUUUACCUGCCUCCCACCAUAUGUAAUAUAUGACAUAAGGUAUAGGGCAGGGACAUAAGGUGGGCAUCUCUUGUAAAUUUCCAGGGUGGAAACAGGUGUUUACUUACCCCAUACAAUUCUGUUAUUGUAACAUUAACACAGCAGUAAGGGAACAAACCAUACAAAAGAGACUACCUUAUAACUUGAUUACUGCCAAGGUAAUCUGCCAUUAUUUGGGAAGCCUGCUGUGGACCAGCUGGAGUUUCCAACCAAGGCAAGUUACAUAAAUAUUCUGUUAUUGAUAAGGCUGCACUAAGUCAUUAGUGAUUUGCAUUCUAAGUAUUUUGCCUCUGCAAGACUGUUUUCAAACAGACUUUUCCUUCAGUAUUUUGUAAUGCCUUUUUUCCCUUUCCAGAUGUCAGAAGACCUUGCAAAACAGUUAGCUAGCUAUAAAGCUCAACUCCAACAAGUUGAAGCUGCUUUGACGGGAAAUGGAGAAAAUGAAGAUUUACUAAAACUCAAAAAAGACUUACAGGUGAGAAUAAGAAAAAGCUUUGUAACUUAAAUGUUUUUACACGUAUAGUGAAGAGGAUCUUCUACACUGUCAGUGGCAAAGAAUUUACCAUGGUGAUAUUAACGAGAUGUGCUAAAUGUUGGGGUUUAAAAUCUUUCACAAAGAACUAGGGCUGUCACCUCAUUAAAGUGAUUAAAGGCAUCUCAAUUGUAUGAAUUUUUGGCAAUUAAAUUGACAUAAAAUAUGCACAUGAGUAAAAAUGAGAGUUCUGAAGCAAUAAACCGCCCUGAGAUCUUUUGAUGAAGGGGGCCAUAUAAGUCAAAUAAAUCAUGGGUAGGCAAACUAAGGCCCGGGGGCCAGACCCGGUCCAAUCGCCUUCUAAAUCUGGCCCACAGACUGUGCGGGAAUCAACAUGUUUUUACAUGAGUAGAAUGUGUCCUUUUAUUUAAAAUGCAUCUCUGUGUUAUUUGUGGGGCCUGCCUGGUGUUUUUAUAUAAGUAGAAUGUGUGCUUUUAUUUAAAAUGCAUUUCUAGGUUAUUUGUGGGGCAUAGGAAUUAGUUCUCCCCCCCAAAAAAAAAUAGUCCGCCCCCCCCCCAAGGUCUGAGGGGUCUGCUGAAAAAGUCUGCUGACCCCUGAAAUAAAUGAACAAAUAAGCCAGUUUGUUUUCAGACAAUUCACACGUGAAUUGUAAGAGUUAUUAUCUCAGAAAAGGCAUUUGCUUGUGCGUGAGAAAAAAUGCCUUUUUAAAGAUGGUGUUUGCCACCCACAAUUUUUAUGAGUGCUUGUGUGCCGAAAAUACAUAUAUUUAAAAACCUUCUGCUCAGUCAACUAGGGCACCUUUUUAGUUGCUAAAAAGUUUUAAUGGAUUAAUGUAGCUGAUUAAUCAAUAGAACCUCGUACUUUUAUAUUUUGCUCAGUGCUGUAUGCAGUCUUUUAAUACUGGUACUUUAACACUGAUCUCUAAAUGCUUUUUUAAAAAACUUGCAAUUUUUCUCAUUAAGCCAGGUGGAAUGAUUACCACAAAUUGAAAAGCACUGUCCUGGAGUAAAUGUUAAUCUGUGUGUUCAUUUGAGUUUUGCUUUUUGAAAAACACGGUAAACUAGAGUCUUUUAGGAAACAAAUUUAGAAUACUAGAUAAUGCACUAUUAUGUGUGCAUUAUCUUUAGAAUAUGAUUCAGGUGUGCCUUGCAAGCACUAAACAGUCAUCAGUGGUUCUAGCUCUUUGUUGCUCUUAGACUGUAUUUUGCAAAUGAAUUUGUCAUAUGGUCUGUUUGUUCAUUCAUGUUUUCUUUGCCAUUUCUACAUGUAAGAGCAGCCUUUUACAAGCUUAUUGUUCAGCUGCCAAUAUCUGAGGACAAAAGACAAGUCUUAAUCGCAUCAGAUAUGAAAGGUGCAUAUGUAUUAAAUUAUUCCUUUUCUUGUUAAAAUUUGUUCUAUUUUUAUUCCACCUUUCAGGCAGAUACUGUCUCUCAGAGAAGCUCAUCUCAGUCAAAAGUUCAAUGAUGGUGGCAGGCUCACUGCCUAAAUGAAAUGAUGCACAGGCCCCACCCUAUGGUUACAAAUUAAAGGGACAAGAGAAAAAGAGGAGGGGAAGGGAAGCGGAAGGAAGGAAGGAAAAAGUAGAUGAGGGAAAUUAGUUUGACAACAAUGUGUUAUGUGUUUUACCUUCCUCUCCUUUCCCUGGAUACCCCAAAAAUCUGCUUCAGAGGCUACCCCAACCGUCUGGAACAGAUUUUGAGUGGGUACAAGGGAGAGGAAAGGAAAGAGAAGUUUUGUUGCACAAGUGGGACAACAGUAUUGGAUACAAUCCAGUAGAUUUAAAAAUCUAAAAUACAUGUAAUUUAUUACCUGUAGCUAUAGCCUAUUAAUAGUUUUCCUUAUAAUCUCUAAAUAGCAAAAACAUAUGCUGGAAACUAGUGAGCCCUCGCUCAUAUGUAUUUCAAAGAAGAAAAGUAUUUUCUGUAUUCGUUCAUUCUUUGUAUCUGGUUUGUGUAUAGUAGGCUAUUCUCACAUAAGUACAGUUUUUCAGUAUUCAAACAAUUUUCAGUAUUCAAACAAGAAAACUUGCUGAAAAACCUAUUUCUUUCACUAGCCAGUGCAUUCAUUGCACAGUAAUUUCCUUUUUUAAAAGUCUCAGUAAUACUUGCUUUAUCACUGGAAGGAGAGCAGAAAACUCCAUUCUGUAGUUGUGUAUCAUUUUCUGCAGUCUACUUUUUAGUCUUCCAUUAAAUAUAAUAUUCAUUUGUAAUGCAAAGAGGAAAAUGCAAACGAGAAAUUUCCCUGCUGCCCUCCCCCAAUAUUAAAAUUGGGAUGAGCUAUGGGAGUAGUAUUAGAUACUUGCUAAGAAACCAGAUUCCCAAAGCUUAUAGAAAAACCUUUAGUAAAAUAUGCGGACAGAUUUCAUGUGUUGUUCAGUCUGCUACCAUUUGCCAGCAAUACCGCAGUUGGUAAAUAGUCUUCAUGCAUGGGCAGGGGUGAGACUGCUUAAACUGUGUUUGAUGACUUUUUCUUUUCCAUCCCCAGGAAGUUAUAGAAUUAACCAAAGACCUUCUUUCAACACAACCUUCAGAAACACUUGCAAGUUCUGACAGUUCUGCUUCUGCUCCUCCAAGUCACACAUGGAAGGUUGGAGACAGAUGUAUGGCAAUAUGGAGUGAAGAUGGACAGUAAGUGUAGAAACAAACUUCUGUAACAGUUACAUGAAAUAAUACAGUUCCAUGGUAAGAUACUUCCCUUUGGUUUAUACUCUCCUCUUCGGCUGACCACCAGUUCAGUAAAAAUCAUUGAUUGGAUCUUGUAUUUUUCAAAUACAAAAUAUAUUAAACUUUAGAGCUAGGUCCAUUGUUUUAACUCUUUAAUUUGACUAGAGCGUUGUAGAAUACAAUAUGGCUUGUAAUAUCUUUUAAAAUUUGCCACCUUCUAAAAAUCUGGUGUGCAGUAACUGAAAUCUGUUGUGAAUACAUUUCAUCACUAAUCUGAAAACGUUAAUAGGAAUGUCAUUUACUUCAAAACUUGGAGCUCUGUUGAGAUUGUAUUAAGAUACUUGGGAACCAUUGAGGUGGCAGUAGGGAAAGAAGAAUAGGGCAGCAAACUUUUCCACUGCUUCCUCCCCCUUUUCUGUACUGUAAAUUUAUUCUUUGAAGUGGGGCAGGAAUGGGCUUAGAGAAAGCAGAGGUCCUUGCUCACAAUUGUGUACAUGUAGAAGGCUGCUGCUUUUGGGAGGAUUUGUGGUUGUUGCACCCAUCCAGACAUGGUGGUAAGGGAAUAUAAAGCAGGGUAUUUAACAUCCUUCCCAAAACUAUCCACAGGCAAAUAUUUUAAGAGGGUUGAAUAAAGACUUUUAGAGCUCCCUUCACAAAUAGUGAUGUACCACUAGGGUGUAACCUUUUGCACAUUUCCAAAGUGAAUCAGUGAUGGUCCUCCACCAGAAUAAAUUCAAUUCACCUUAGUCUUUGCUGAAGUGGGAUGCAGCAGUAAACCCCUCAGAGUCAUUCUGUCUGGUAUGAUUUGCUGACAGCAGAAAGUGAUGGUGUGAACCAACACAUUUUCUCCUAGUCCUGUUGCCUUUGACCUGCCUUCUGCUGGUAGAGAUAUUUUUUAAUACCUUAUGGGAAGAAGACAACCAGCAGUUCUUCUUCUGCAAGCUUGGGGUCUCUUUCUUGCCAUGGCCUUCCGCUUCUCCAUUUAGGCCCCUGAGAUGCCUGGGCCCAGACAUUCCACUUAGUUUACUUAAGGAUGUACUGCUUUUGAGUAUCAGGUGAUGUGAUUGAGAAAAAUAGAUAAUUACCUUGAUUAUCUAUCUUCAUUUAAGUUACUGUCACAAACCCUACCUUGCUUAAUGCUUUUCUUAAUCCAUCUUCUUACAUAAGUAAUUCACUGCUUGCUUUCAGAGAGGGAGAUUAUAUGAGGGCAGUGAAACCUCUGUCAAAUUACAAUCUCACAUUGUAAUCCUAUGCAUACAUAUCUCCUCAGGUGUAAGUCCCAUAGAACUUCUAAAUAUGUGGGUAUUGUGGCUGAAUGCCUCUUGUGGUGGUGAAAAUUAGUACAAAUGAUAAAACAGCCAAACACGAAUCCUCCAGAUCUAUUAAACAAAUUAGUUCUCACAAGAUCAAACAAAAGUCAGGUUAAAUGUGUGAAGGUGAAAAUAUAUAUUUGGUAACAGAAGAUUCAGAACCGAAGUUUAUUUCAAACCGCUUGACUAACGAGCUCUUGGACUUUAGGAUUGUAACUAGUUUGCGUGCCAGGCACCUGACAAUUCUUGAAUUGAACAGAAUUUAUGUUUUAAGAGUUUUGACUUGAAAUGCCAAUCGAAAAUGAAGCAGGAAUGUCCUGAAACAUAAUAAUAUUAAUCACUGCAAAUACAAGUUUUGUAGGGUUGAGUUGUAAACCAUUACUCACAUGCUUACAGCCAUGAUAUCUUUACAGGUGUUAUGAAGCUGAAAUUGAAGAGAUAGAUGAAGAGAAUGGCACAGCUGCAGUCACCUUUUCGGGAUAUGGCAAUGCUGAAGUCACACCCCUGCUCAAUCUGAAACCUGUGGAAGAGGGAAGGAAAGCAAAGGAAGACAGUGGCAACAAACCCAUGUCCAAGUAAGUGGCUGAAACAGUUUUCAGUUGGCUCAGUGUGUCAUAUAGCAAUAAAAAGAGCUGUAAGGCUACUUUGCUGAUGAAUCAUCUCUUCCCAAAGGUGAUUUUACAGCAAAAAAGUCAUAGAAGUCAACACUAUCCUUAGAUGUUAUUGAACCAUACUCUGCUUAGUUACCCUAGAUUUGGGAAAGAGGUAAUGCACAUUGUCUAUUCUCCCCCCCCCCAAUUAAAUAAUGCCUUAGGAUAUGGUCUUCGCUACCCCAGUUUUAGAGGUCCAACCUAGGGAAACUUGUAAAGCCCAAAACAGUCUUUGCCAUCUUAGGACUGAACUGGUACUAAGAACUAGGGAUGGACAAAUGGGUCUGUUUCUGUUCUGUGACAUUUUUGUUUGUGCUUGUUCAUAGGUCCUUUCCAAUUUCACAUUAAUCUGUGAUAUUUUUUUAAUCCAAAUGAAAAAAAAUGUUUAAAUUUGGAUUGAAAUAUAUGGAGUGAAUUAGGUCAGUUCUUAAAAAUGCAGUUCUUAAAUUAUCCUCAAGCCCUACUGUGAACAUAUACAUAGAUAGUGGUUUGAGAUUAUGAUGAAGGUGUUAUGGUUUGUGCUGCUAACUUUAAUGCUUAUCAUGCUGAGUUGGUUAUUCUCAUGAACUCCAAAAUGAUUGCUCCAUGCCUGUGUAGUAGUAUAUUUCCCCUGGGACAAAUUCUGAGCUAGAGUUGCUCUGUGUUUAGCAAGACAUUAGCUAGUUUCAACUGAUUUCUGAAAGAGAGCCGUUAUUCGUAGUAGUGCAUGAAAGUAGGAUUGCUGUGCUUUAUUGAAACUUGCAAUGCACAGAUUGCUUUACAGAAGGAAUGACAGCACUUUCUACAGCUGGAGAAUGAAAUGGGCCUGGACAGCUGAAGCCCCAUUGUACUGAGAGUUUAUCUUUACAUUCACCUAGCCCAAGGUGAGACUCUCUUAAUCAGUGUAUCCUUGCUUUUAUCUACAUGUUCUGAGAACAAAAGUGAAGUUAAAGCAAAGGUGAUGUGGGGCUUCCAGUUGGUUGCAAUGUAGAUGUAAUGCCCAUACAAAACCAUUGCCAUAUACUGUGGCUGAACUGCCAGUGUUGUAAAAAGAAGGCAGUUCUGGUGGGUAAAGAUGUGGAUGUAAGGCAGUAUUGAUAACUCAGAAUUAACCACCUCAGCUUAAUCUCUUCAUGUUUAUGUUUUGUGAAAAUUUGCCCUGAUUGUAUAGCAACCACCUUGCCAUGACAUAUUACAGCCCUUAGACUUUCUGAAGAGGAAGCUGAGGUACAUAAGUAACCUUCAGUGCCAUUUCUCAUUUUAGAAAAGAAAUGAUUGCUCAGCAACGAGAAUAUAAAAAGAAGAAAGCUUUGAAAAAGGCCCAGCGAAUCAAAGAACUGGAGCAAGAGCGAGAGGACCAGAAAGUCAAAUGGCAGCAGUUCAACAACAGAGCUUAUUCAAAAAACAAAAAAGGCCAGGUUUGUAUAUGCUUGCAUUAGUAGCUUACUGAUAGAGGUUUCUUGCUGAAGAGGAGCAGUGUUAAAUGUAUGGCAGCACAGGAGUAAUCCCCCAAACAAAGACAAAAGAAUAUUAUAGGCAAAGCUGUUUGUUUCUAGAAUAUACAAUGGGAGAGAUCUGUUUAUAAUAUUCUUAACAUACAGUGGUACCUCUGGUUACGAACUUAAUUCAUUUCGGAGGUCCAUUCUUAACCUGAAACCGUUCUUAAUCUGAGGUACCACUUUAGCUAAUGGGGCCUCCCAUUGCUGCUGCGCCGCCAGCGUGCGAUUUCUGUUCUCAUGUUGAGGUAAAGUUCUUAACCCGAGGUACUACUUCUGGGUUAGCGGAGUCUGAAACCCGAGGUGUUUGUAACCCGAGGUACCACUGUAUUGUUAAAUAUCACUACACUUAGUUUGAGUCCCUGCAGAUAGGGUGGGAUAAACAGGUCCCAGUUUCCGAGCACAAUGCAUUUCCAGGAAAUUGUUCGCUAGGCAAGCCUUCGCAAUUUCCAUUAUUUCCUAGGGGAACAUUUCUAAUCCAUGCUUUCUGCCUGAGACUGUUGCAGCCAAUAAGCAAAAGCCAGGCAAAGGGAUAUCUGAUUUGUCUGAUGACUCUCCCUUCUAUGGUUUUUGCCCAAAAUGGGUGCUGGUGACCAGCAAAGCACAAACAAGUAAGGACACGAGCAAACUCCAGCUGUUUGGAUAUCUGAAUCAGCCAUUUCUGUAGCAAAGUUUGAGUAUAAUUUUUCGUGUCUGAACAACAGAUUUCUGAUAACAACCGUUCCAAUAGUAGCACCUGUAAAGUUAAAAGUUCAUGCCUAUAAAGCUUGUGGCAUAGUUGCUUGCACUAUGAUGCUUUCAGGCUGCCAUAAUGGUACAAAGCUCUUUGUAUGUUUCAUAUUUUUGAGUUUGGUAUUGCCAAAUAUAACUCGCACUUUGUUUGAACCAUUGAUAUGUGAGUUAGGUUUUUAGUGUGUGCUGUUUGCAUGCUAAAUUAUUUUGAGUGGUGGUGGCAAAGGAAAAACAUUAAUAAGCACCACAUUGUAACGAUACCCUUAACAGAGCAUGCAGAAGACACUUCAGGCAACUGAGGCUGGUAACACUUUAUGAAGUUUAUAGCUAUAGGGGCGAAAAAUGUUUUGUUUUCCUUUAGCCCUUCUUUGUGCAUUGAAAGGACCCUUAUAGAACUGUAGUGGUUCACUGGGAGAAAAUAUGACUUGCUGAGUGCCAUGACCAGAGCAGAAGUGCUUCAUUUCCAAUGACAGCUUUUUUGUUAAAGGUUCCUGUUUAAUGAUCAUUAAAAUUUAGUUGUAUUUUGCUUUUUGAAUGAUGCAUGUGAACAUUUGAUAUUAGCACUCCUUUGCUGACUUGUUGAAAUUUGAAAAUGUUACAAUUGGUGCUUUUAAUUUGUUCCACAGGUAAAGCGAAGCAUCUUUGCUUCUCCUGAGAGCGUAACAGGGAAGGUUGGAGUUGGAACGUGUGGAAUUGCAGACAAACCCAUGACACAGUACCAAGAUACAUCCAAGUACAAUGUCAGACAUUUGAUGCCCCAGUAAUUGAGGGAGAAAAUGACUUAACAUCACUUCUGCAGGGCUUUACAUUUACCUUUUUAUUGUUCUAUUUUUCUAAAAGUAAACUAUUGGCGCAUAGUGAAAAUGGUUGUUGACAUCAGUUGGCUUAUGCUGGUACAAGCCUUAAGCAAGGUAAUAGCUGUUCAGAUGACCCCUUUGCUCUUAAAAGAUGUAAAUUGCAUAAAUGUGCACACGUCAGACUAUGUUGAAGAAAUGCCCUUUGCAGUAUCCUGAAGUGUCUGAUUUCUCAAGUGUCCACCCCUGUAGCAUUAGUUGGGAAUGCCAUCAAACAAAUGGUCGUGAAAUAAAAUAGUUAUCCCAGCUUUCCUUGCUCCCUGUUAUGUGCUUACAGGCCUGCCAUCUUAUUGCAGGAUAGCUGUUAAGCACUGUAACUCCUGCAGAGCUAGUACAAUUAUGAUGACUUUCUCUGGGUUUUAUUCUAUUUUGAAAGUCAAUUGUUAGUUGAUCACAAUCUGCAUCUGCUUCCUUGGCUUGUAAUGAAUCUGGGCCAUCUAAUCUCCAGUUAAUGAUUCAUAAGCCAGAAACAGUGCAGUUCAAAUUUUAAGAUUACAGGUUGAAUGCAUUGUGCCGGAAGUGUUGACAAAAUCCAUCUUCAUGAGCAAAACAGGGUUUCCACAAAGCUUGACUGGUCUUGGUAGGCAAAAUUUGUGCUCAUGAUUGACUCAACUGAGGAGAAGGGGUUUGAGCUUUGACAUGAAGUCUCAGAGAUGCUCUAAAGCUUAGUGUGACUUCAGGGGCAUGUCCCUGUCAUUUUCCCCUAGCCCAGGCCGGAUAGUGGCAGAACCAGGGGCUUCUCCCUGUCACACUGAGCCUCAGAAAACCCCUGAAAAGCAGGAAGAUACACUGCUGUUUCCCCACUUUGCAAAAUCUCUGCAAGGUUGGGAGGGUGGUGGAGGGAACUCCCAGAUCUUGCACUGAGUUUAGAAAGCAGUAGGACGUCUUGCUUCUCCCCAAGGCUCAUCAUAAAUUGAUGUAGAUUUCUCUUGCCCUCUCUGGAGUAUGGAGAAAAACUAGGGGAAUCUCUGAAUUCAGCACAAGGGGUGAUAUUCAACUCAUACUUGGAGCAAACCCACUGAAAUCAGGGGGUCUGCUUUAACUUAGUUGGGUAUUAUCCAAAGUCUUGAAGAUUCCACCAUCCUUCUCCCAGCUCAAGAAGGUGGAGGUUCUCACCAGAAAAAAAAGCACUUGCUAGUGCCAAGCAGGUAAGCAUAUUUAUUGUCAGGAGCAGAACAUUUUGAUUUAUAGGUCUUGAGAACCUACCUGUAGGCUUCCUAAGAUGUAUUCAGUCACUUUGCAGGUUUGAUUAGCACUUUUAAGUGUUCAAAGAGUCAAAUGUUACAUAUAGAAAUAGUUAUUCCUCUUGAGAAUUACUCAGUGCGUUUAUGUUGGUAAAUAUGGCAAGUCACCUGCAUUUUGCUGAAAUUUUUUUGUGCUUAUCCACCUUUUUUAAAUGCAACAGGAGGUUCCUCUUACAAGGUUUAACUUACGUUAGUAUUGCUGGCCCUCCUUGAUUUUAUUUGGGAAACCAUGUGUAAAAGUCCAGGCCUAUUUGUAUCUUGUGGAUGCAAUUGCUUCCCUUUGCCAUACGUAUUGCUUAGGGUUGUAGUCUAUCUCUCAAUCUUGAAAUGUGUCUGACACAAAAAGUUAACGUAUAGCCCUGUAUACAGUGUAGAUAAUUAUUUUUGUAAAAUAUGGUGUUAAGUUAAUGAACAAGACUGGAUUUAGUUAUUUCUCGUACAAGAGUAAUUCUUGCUCAUUAAUCUGAACUCCAUUCCCCAUGUAUAUUAUGUUGUUGUAGUUCCCUUUUGUAAUUUGUUUUCUGAAUUAAAUAAGAUCAGGAACCAUCAGCAUUUGUUGAUGCACUGAUUAGUGUAAAUGUCUGACAGUUUACUUGAGCCUAAAAUCCAUAUCUAGUAGCUUAGAAUCCAUCCAUAGAGAGAGGUUCUUCUUGUUAACAAAAGGAGGAGGUAAUUUUUAUGACUGUGUUGAUUUCAGUUUUGUAUGUUUAACUUUUAUUAAAAUAAAGAAUUCAAAACCUCUUGGCUUUCUUCCAAAGAAUCUAAAAAUGUGAAAAAAAUUAAAUCUGGUAUGAAAUUAUGUAAUAUGGUCAAAAUUGUAGGAGUUGCAACACUUUUGAAAUAACAUUUGUGAAGUCCACAGACUACUAAGGUUUUUUUUUUCCUUCUAAAGAGAUGUUCCUUAGUCAAAUUGGACUAUAGCAGUAUCUUAAUUUUUAUCUAGCAGUACUGUGGCUUAUGCAAUUGAUGACAGUUCACCUGUUAGGAAGACAUGCAUAUUGAGGCAGGAUUUUCAGUUGUCCUUGAAGCUGAUCAUUCAAAUUCUGAAUGUCUGGGUCCUGAGAUCAGAAACUGCCAGGAUUAAGAUCUUGAUUCUGUUGUUUGUUGUGACUGAAUAGCUAACUUUCCUAUGGGAAAGCAUUUCACUUCUUUUCAAAGCAGGUAAAGCUGGAGGCCAGUGCAGCAGAGCCUACUGUUCUUUUAACUUACUGCAGGAGAUUUGUGCACUUGUAUGGAAAACUGGGCUGCAAUUUUCAGUAGACUAGGUAAGCCUCUAAUCAACGUAGAUGGAGCUAUGCUGUUGCAGCAGUUUGACAACUGAACUAGUAUUAAUUUUUUUCACUAGCGAUGUGGGAAGAGAAAAGGGUAACAAAUCUUACUAGAAAUAAAAUUUCAUAAAAUUUAUUUGUAUAUUUUAAACAAGUUUAUAUAGAUGCCCACAAACAAAAGAAUAAUGUUUACAAUGAUGGAAAAUGUAACAUCUUUGUCAGCACCAUCCCUGCACCAUUAUAGAUAAUGCUGUUUCAGUAUUGUUUUGACGAUUGGCGCUGGUCAAUUUAAGCACCAAUCAUGGAUUGGUUGGGGGGUUUUAUCAUUCAGUUCCUCAAGUAGCAGUUGGCUACAGCACCAUUAGAGUAACUGCACCAAAGUUCAGGAAAUCUCAGAGGAAGCAAAAGUAGCGAUAACAGAAAUCUUAAAAAUAAACUUGCACAUAAAAAUAUUUGUCAAGAGGAUACAUAUCUGUUUAAACAUGGAAUUGCAUUCCUAGACCAGUGCAGUAUCAUUAUAUAGAAACAUAGCACUGUACAUUUCCCCCCUUUAAUACACAAAUUACAAAGGAAACCCAUAAUUCAGUAGAGGCUGAAACAGAUUUGCUGGUAUUUUUUUAACAGCUGGGAAAAAUUAUACUGGCACAAACCUAAUUUGUGCAUCAGACACUGGUUAAUGUGAUUGAAGAUAAAAUGUACUUACUGGGUUUAAAGACCUGUAUUGUCAUUUUACAUUAGAAUAUAAUAGUUGCAAACAUAAAUCCUAUGCAAGAUUACACUGCAGUAACUCUUUUCUUUUAAAAUAGCAAAGUAAUAGUUAGAAGCUGCAGAAGAAGUAAGUUUAGGAAAACAUGUUGAGAUUUGCAAAGUGAGAUGUCAUGCUAGAAUUACAAUUUCCUUUGCAUUCUGCGAUGGCUAGGCUUGAAGAUCAGUAGCAGGAUUGGUUAUAUACCGCAAGACUGUGACAUUUUAAAAUCCAAGAGCUACGUAGCACAACAGUGAUUGAUGAAAAAAUACACUUUUUUCUUAGGUGUUGUGAUUUUAAAACAAUUUAAUGUACCACGUCAGUAGGUGCUGAAUAGGGACAUCAGCCUAUUCCAACAAGAGCACUAUCAGAAAUAUCUCCAGAGAAGCACAUUUUCUCUGUGGAGGAGCCCUAUCAUUACUUAUUUGGGUUGAAUUUGAAUCAUGUUUUUAUAAUGGGUAAGGCAUUUUAUGCAUAUAAAGGGUUAGCUUGUCUUCAUUUGGCAUGUUCUUCAUUCAAAAAAGGGAUUAAUCUGUUCUGGCAGUUUGCAACAAGCAAUGAGCUGCUAUGCAAGAAACACCUGCCUGAAUACACCCCCUAGUUACUGCCAAUUGGAGCAUCAUGUUGCACAACCUGGUUGGUCCCUCCCUUAGGGGGUCAGCUGAAGUCCCUAUAGGGAAGGGUAUAUAACUUACACUCAGUUUCCUGACAUGCAAUAUUUUGUUGUGUGUUGGAGCGCCUGCUAAGUUGCCUAGCUCCUGUAAAAUUUCUAGCAGGACUUGCUGAUAUUUUUCUAUCUAGCAAAUGUCUGAAUUGAUAUGUGUCUUCCACAUUGGAUUCAGUAAUUGAUUUUACUAUUCAGCUCUUCAAAUCCUACAUAGCCUUGUAGAUUUCAUUGUUUUUUGUUUGUAUGUGACAAGUUAAUCUUGCAGAGCAUUACUUGACUGGAGAUUUUAGCCACGGUAUAAUAGAGUGUUUGGCAUGCUUGAGCCCACUGUAAUCAAAUGACCAGCCUGUUGAACUCUUUGUGUGUGACUUGGUCCCUGUUGCUUUUGUAACAGAAAUUAAGGAUAGCUGUGUAUUUGAGAAACUGUACAAUGCUACUGUAGCUUGCAUUUGGGGGUGGGUGAGGAAAGUAGCCACUUCAGGUAAGUAACUUUGCUUAAAUAUCUAUCUUAAAUGUACAGAAAAUAGGAAAGGAGCUGAAGGUUGAUUCACACACGUAGAAGUUUCGCAAUAGUAGCUACUAGAAAAUCCUGCCGUUUUCCUUAGCAGCUUGUCUUAUACACCCACAGCCACAUGCAGCAUUCAGCUUUUGGCAUGCUGCAGUAACCAUUGUUUCUUGAACUCCUGAUGCUGGAUCCUCUGCCUAGUAUUGAGCUGAAGGUUAGUCCAGUGUAGAACGGUUGUGCAUUCUCUCCCCCGCCCCCCAGCUAUUUUGUGGACAGUGAUCAUCUGAGUUGGCCCAGAGCUUUAAUCUAGUCCUGUUACAGUCAUAGAAGCAGGUUCCUUCUGUAUGCAGUGGUUGUUAAUAGAGUAAUAUACUAAAACCAAGAUCAUAUUGUGCUACAAGGAAUCAAGAGGGGCGGGGCAAACUACGUAAAUGCUAGUGGUAUCUGAAGUAUGAGGACAUAGAUAUUCAUAGCUAUUUUAGUAGCAUUUACAUCCAAAUUUCCUGUUUUUCUUAAAGGGAUCUUUAGCAUUUUAAAACAAUAGUUCUGACACUGGCUUAUAUAUACCCACACUGGUUUGACCAGCUGAACAGAGAAAUAGUGGAUAGUGUUUAGUACAGUUAAAAAAAUUCUUUGCAACUUGGCUAGAGAGGAGAAAAAUGAACAAUUCUUGAUGUUGACGGUUCUGUUUUUAGUGUUCCUUCUUUUGUAAAUUCUUAUUGUUUAGAACUUUCCAGUGGCGUAAUUUAAUGAUGGCAGGUGUAGACUGUGCACCAGGGAGGCCAGCGUUGUAAAAUUGCUAAGGAUUAAGCCAUAGGUGAAGAGUGAACAGUAACAACUGCUACUUUCAGUUGGCUCUGACAUUUGCCAGUUUCUCUCUAAGGCCAUUGAUCUGAUGCAGACCAUGGUACCUCAGCUGGUCCUGGUGCUCUGCCUCUGGAAGCUAAGAUCAUGGGUUCACAUUGGUUAAAUCUUCUUUAACUCACAACCCUUUUUCCACUUUUGUGUUGCAUGACCAAUCAUGUGCUACUGGAACUGCAGUUUCCAGCUCCUCAGUGCAUGAAGUCUGAAGAGCAAAAGAUGAAGUCACAACAAAAGAGGGUUUCAAGUUUCUGAGAAUCAUGAAUUUUAAUUAACUGUAAGUUGUUAUUGCCCAUAUUAGCCCAUUCCACUAGUAUGUUACUGUCUUUGAACUGAAGUGCCAUAGUGUGCUCCAAGUCAUAUAGUCCAUCACAUUGCACAAGUUUGAAGUUCAGUGCUGUCUAGUUGCUUCACUCAAGACUGUUCAGGGAAAAGUGGCCAUGCAUGUACAGCUGCUGCUUCCAUUUUUCAUCACAUUCAAAAAAGCUCAGAUAUAGGGCACAUGAUUUGCAUGGAAAGAGUUCAAUCCCUGCAUCUCCAGGAAUAUGGCUCUCCUAUGGCAAGGUUUGGAAAUAUCCAUGCCUAAUCCUAGAGAGAGAAUAAACAUCGACACUAGCAACCUCACCAGUGGUUGCUUAUGUCCAUCAUUUCCUAGGUUGCAGAAAACAAAUAUAACUCUUGCGCAUUUUCUGGAUAUAGUAAGAUACACAUCCAUUCUUGGCAUUACCCACACAAGCAUUAACAGUGACAAAUACCUGAAAUAAGAGCUUUCACCAAGAUGAAGACAAACCUGGACUGAUAUAUUUCUCAGUAAGCGUCAUGAAUGUCAACAGUCUUGGUGAUAAUGAAGUCAGUUUAGCCUUUUUAUGUUCAUUAACUUUUGGGUGAAUAGAAUUUCCCAGCCAUUCAAGGCCUGGUGAUGCACCUAUAUGGGAUUACCAGUUUUGGAAAUGGCCCAUUCCUGCAGCUGAUGCAAUCUUUAUGCCAAAUGCAAAGUCACAUUUAACUUUUGGGUCUCAGUCUACAGAUAUAGGCACGUUUAUCUGAAAGUGAAACACCACUGAACACAGUGUGACUUCUGAGCAAACACGCAUAGGGUCACAUUACAAAUUAGACAUGGGGAGGGGGAGAAGAUUACAUAUAAAUGUAUCUCAAGUGUAAGGAACAAGAGGAAAUUUCAAGAUAUAAAUUCAAUUUAAUGACGAACAUGGGGAAAUAAAGCCUUUUCUAGAUGUUAUAUUGAAGUUUGAGCUGCUUUCUGGCUAUCACUAUGAUUCUUAAGUUACACAAACAUACCCUUUUCAUAUUUUUUUUAAUAGAAUGGCUAACAUAACAUACAUAUUCAGCCUGUUGUACCUUGUUGCAGUGGCUCUUUAACAUACAAACUGUUGUAUGUGAUUCUAGAGCAACACUUCAAAGACCCUCUAGGUUUAUAUUGUGCUUGUGCAGAAUUUAGUGUAGGUAGAAUCUUUUUUAUAUGUUACUUAUUAUACAAAGGGAGGUUGUGUGUCUAGCUCUAACCCAAAGGUCACACACAGCUCUUCCUGGUGCCUUGUUGAGGAAUAACUUAUGAAGGAGAGAACCUUUUUAUCAGUGUUCUAAAUCAUUCUGGGAAUCUAUGGAGCUAGGAAAUUCCUACUCCCCAAACAUUCUUAAAGAGGGUCCAGGAACAGUCAUGUUACCCCUUCAACAAAGUAAUGUAUGAAGAGAUUUGUCCGUCCUUCCCAUCUAAUUAUUUUUUACAUGAUCUUGACACAUAACAGCACUUUUUUGUUGUUGUUGUUGUUGUUUAGUCGUGUCCGACUCUUCGUGACCCCAUGGACCAGAGCACUUAGAUCAGUAUUAAACAUCUGGACAGCAACUUUCCAGGCUCAUCUUUUUUCUAGUCCUUCUAAAAAAAAUUUUCCAACCAGACAUGUCAGGGUUUGAACUCAGCCCCUUUUACCUUCAAAGCAUGUACUCUGCUACAUGAGCUCCUGUGAUCAGAAAUGGACUCAAAGGAUGUCAGUUGGACAGAUUUUUGUGUCUGCAAAAUCACAAACCAAGGCUACCCACACAACUCAGUACUACAAUUUUGGCUCAUUUUGAGUUCUUGCCAGUCAUUCUGACAGUCCCAAAGAAUUGUGCUGGGACACCAUAGCUUCACACAUGCAGAUUAUGGGCCAAUUAACAGAUCUCAGUACUAUAAAAGUUGUUGCUACUGGUUCAGCUGAACGUUUUACUCCCAUUAACUACAACUAAUGGGUUCUUAUUCCAGCCACUAGAGGGAGAGAGUACCACAUGCAGUAAACCAGAAUGUUUAUAGAGUCACCUAGGGGAGAUUAAGGUAGAACAACAACUGGAUCCAGGCUUUACC